UAACCAUAAAAUAUCGUAUAAUCAGUAAUAAACACAAGUCAGAUAGUUUGUAUAAGACAAAGUAUGUGGCGGCGUUAAAUGGUUAUCCGUUGUUUGUGUAUUAUCCUUGAACAAAUCGUGUUCUACGUCUGUAAAUGUGCAAUUUGAGGCGGUUAUGCUCUGAGAACAAAUAAAACUUUUAAAUAUGUAAACACUGCAUAACUCGUUAUCGAAAUCUAAAAAAACUAUUGUCCGAUUCGAUGAUUUUCAUUUUUCAAACACACAAGUAUCGAAGAAAAAAGUAAAUCUAUAAAUAAGUAUCGAACUGUAAUUAUAAACCAAUUCUAAUGCUAUAAAAUUCAAAUCGACAAUUGAUAUCAAAGUGAAUGAUAACAAUCUCCACAGGUCCACCUUAACUAUGUAACGGUCGCCUUGUAGCGGUGAGAACAACAUCACUUAAUGUUGGUUAAUGUAAGUGGAACAAGGUUCAUGAGCGUUCGUAGCCACCGGUGCAUCAAAUUAUACGAGUAAUUGCACCGCGGCAGGCAGCCGGGCCGCGCCGGCAAGCGCUCCGGCCGAGGCGGGCCCCAUCCACUCCAACCCGCCAAUGGCCUGCAUCUCGCCAUCUCCGCGGAUACGCUACCAAGUUCAAGAGCGUCUCGCGCAUAAUGAUCACAAAAAAAUAAAUAAGAACCUACACAAAUUGGGCACGAAUGGUAUCGAUCGCUGGUAGGUAUAUAUAAAAAUGUGUUGGUCGUGCGCGGCUCAUACACUCGAUACACACCGCAUCAUGCACGCGUUCCUCGCGCUUGUCAUCGCACUCGCAGCGCCUGCGCUCGCCGGGCCCGCGCCGGCCGCCGCGCGCCUCGGCUACGAGAGAGAAAUAGACUCUACCAGUUACAACCUAGUGCCCAAACAUCUCAACUCCUACAUACUCGAUGAGAAUUACCUGAUCUCACAGAAGAAUCGAGCAAAACUCAUUACCCGGCCCCGGCCCGACGAUGCCGUGGUGUCUGAUAAUGUGAUAUUACAAUCGAAUGUGUUAAGUAUUGUGAGACCAGCCAAGAGAAACACUGCAGGCGAAGUGAGUGAGUCGUUGGUUCGACAGAGACGUGGAUACAAUUUGGAAAAUGUGAGGGUGCCGGCGAGGUACCCGUACCUCCCCGUGCCCAACUACAACCGUUUCCGGCGCUGGGGCUAGUGGCCGCGCGUCCCGCUGCACGCCUCCACCAAAUGUCAAGGCUGCGCUGAUGCCCGCCAGGCCGAGGCAUCGCACCCGCGCGCGCGCAGGACGCCGCGCAGGCGCGCUCCCGGACCGCAGGACCGAGCUUAGACUGUACUUAAGUUGUAUGUUAUUUAUAUGAAGUGGCUGUGAUCGAACGCUGAAGUUACGCCGUUACCUGAACGGUUUACAGGCAACGAUUGACAGAGUAUUAGGUUUAUGUUAAGUGCACUAUGCAAGUGUUAUAAGAAACUAUAGAUAUACCAAGUAUUAAUAUACAAGAAAAUAGAUAUUAAAAUAAUUUAAAACAUGCA